AUGCAUGGAAGUCCCUGUGGCAAGGAAAGCGACGAAACUAGUUGUGAAAAACCGCGACGGUCUUCGUUCGGACAGGAUUUUCAAGAAGUAGAAGAGACCGGUGCCGUAUUUUCAUCAACGAACCCAGUGGCUUCCGGAACCCAUGAGGAGUUGCCCUUGACGUACUUCAUGGGUCCUUACGGUUUAUGUUUGCGGCUGGCCGACGGACUGGGACCUCGCACCAAUUGUAAUUCGUACUAG